GAAAAUUCAGCUUUGGAAGCUCCUCUUUCUUUAGUACCUAAGUGGGAAGCUCACAACCAUCGUGCAUGUUGCCCAAUAUUUGAUAGGGAUAUUUUGGAGAAGUUUUGAACAUUCUGAGGAGUAGUAUCGUAGAGAGAGAGAGAGAGAGAAACGGAGGGAAAUGGAAGGCGGAGGGGAUAAGGGCGCAGUUUGUGUGACAGGCUGCACUGGAUUCGUAGCAUCAUGGCUGAUCAUGAGGCUCCUUCAGCAUGGCUACUCUGUUCGAGCUACUGUUCGGUCUCCCCCACCAGGAGGCAAGAAAGACAUCAGCUUCCUCACAAGCCUGCCAGGCGCAACAGAAAAGCUUCAAAUCUUCAAUGCAGACAUGAGCCAACCAGACAGCUUCGACGCGGCCAUCGAAGGCUGCGUGGGCGUUUUCCAUGUCGCUCACACCACGGAUUUCGAGAGCAAAGAACCCGAAGAUAAAGCCACAGAAAGAGCCAUCAAUGGGACUCUGGGCAUCCUAAAUGCGUGCCUGAAUUCAAACACAGUAAAAAGAGUUGUGUACACUUCCAGCGCAGCAGCUGUGGUGUUCAAACGUGACAGCAACGGUGUUAAUGAGGAGGAGGAGGUGUUGGAUGAGAGUGCAUGGAGUGAUGUAGAGUUUCUCAGAGGCUGGAAUUCUAAAGCGGCUGCUUACAUGAUUUCCAAGACCUUGACUGAGAGAGCAGCUCUUGAGUUCGCAGAGAAGCAUGGGUUAGAUUUGGUGACUGUGAUUCCUUCUUUGAUUGUUGGCCCUUUCCUCUGUCCUCGCAUUCCUGGCUCUGUCUACACUUCUCUGUCUAUGAUUUUGGGAAACCAGGAUCAUUAUACAUAUCUCAUUAGUGCAAGUAUGGUGCACAUAGAUGAUGUGGCCGCUGCACAUAUCUUCCUCUUUGAACAUCCUCAUGCCAAAGGGAGGUACAAUUGUUCUUCCCAUGACAUAACAAUUCAUGGAUUGUCUGAAUUUCUUUCUACCAGAUACCCAGAAUUCAAAAUCCCAACUGCAGAUUAUUUAAAAGAUAUUGAUGGUUACAGAGCAAAAGGGCUCUCAUCCAAGAAGCUAAUGGAUUCUGGGUUCAACUUUGAGUAUGGCCUCAAUGAGAUGUAUGAUGGAGCCAUCCAAUGCUGCAAGGAAAAGGGGUUUCUGUAGUUGUUUUUUAGCUCAUGUUCUAUCUUUUGAAUGGCUAUCAUGUUUAUAAUGUUUCCUUUUUUAAUCUUUUUUCUCUUUCCAGUGCUUGAAAACCGGUUGGAAAUUCGACAAAUGUAUGGAUGAAUCAAUUCAUGUGCGGGUUGAGCAAUGAUCAAUGGAUUGGUUUU